UUCUCCCUCCCCCCCGACUUCAGCCCGUAAUCAUAUCGUCCUAUUCCUAGCUAAUGACAUAGACUGUCAAGUCACUCACUCAUUACCACGUUCUAAAGUCUUUCCCUCUCAUUGUGUAUUUACGAUUCCGGCAAACCGCACAUCCAUCUACCCAUCGAUCUAUCUUCUUACCACCCUACCGGCAUCUUUCAUGCUGCGCCUCAUCCCUGGAAUGUUGCAAGCCGAGCUACCGAAACGCACCGCGCCCUCAUCGCCGGCGUGUGAGCCCCAGCCCACCGCGCCGAUCCCACGAAGCACCACCACAACCAACACCAACGAGCAGUCCGAGCGAUUCUACCGCACCGUCGAAUGCGAGAACCGCCAUGAAUCCGCCGAGUUCCCCGAUCGCAACGCGGUGGCGGAAGCCGCCGCCGUGCGGCGUCAACUGUCGCUGGAGGACACUCGCCGGAAUGCGCUGCACACGCUCUCGCUGUGUCGCAGCGUGAUCGCGAGCCUGGAGAUCACUCGCCUCCACAAGUCUCGGACCGGGCUGCACUACUGGCUGGGGUUCUGGGAGCGCAUCUACGAACGGCCGUUCGCGCGCAUGCUGUCAUCUCGAGUCACCGGCGCGUUGGCCAGGAUCGAUACGCUGUUCCGGGCGGUCUCCAACGAGCUGCACCAGCUCACGCGGCGGAUGAACCAGGAUAUCACACACGCGACAUCCGAGCAGGAGAUCCUCCGUCUGCUCGAGCGGAUGGAGGAGGAGGUCGGCACGCGGCGGAGACGGAGGCGGAAAAAGGCCCAGUCCAUCGUGCAGAAGAUGCGCGCCAAUAUCGAGUCUAUCCCGGUCAAGGUCACUGAUGAGCUUUUCGAUGAUCUCAAGCGCGGUGUCUUCGCCUUGGACGUCUAUUGCGACUACCAUCCGGGAGACUCGGUGGCGGAGGAGCAUGAAUCCGCUUGGCCCGAGCGAUGCUCGCCCAUGAGGUCGGUGGCGGUCUCCCCGUAUCUCCAGAAUCAAUGGCACGAGUCCGCCGCCGCAGGCGCCUACAUGCCCAUGCCCUCGCAACUGGAGAGCGAUCUGGGCUGGACCGAGCACGUCGAGGACUGGGUGAAUCCGGACGAGGAUCAUUUCACCCGGGAUCAUCAUGCACAUACGACGGUUCAUCAUCGGUAGAUAGGUGCCUGUAUUUGGAUGGUCGCUUGGUCGUGGAUAUAUACUUUUCUCGGCUUCAACGGUCGAGAUUGACCCGAAUUAUUGUUUCCAUAGAGUAAUUAGACGGCGAAAACGGCGUUCGUUUCUCUCUCUCACACACACACACACACACUCUCUCUCUCUCUUUCUCUUUAGACUAGGCAUGACAAACUUUUUUUUUCUUAUAUAAAAAAUCACCGUGAUAAUAAACCAUCCGGAUCCCAAAUCUAAUUAUGUACGCUAAGAAGUGACAAAUCUAAAUGCACAGCCCCGCAAUAG